ACAGGGUGUCGGCAUGGAUAACACUUGCAUUGAGGCCCCGGGCGUCGGAUAGCCGGACCUAGAGAGGAGCGAUCUGCUGACCCCGUGAUAUCCACAAAGCACCGAGACAAGAUGGAAAUCGCAGCCGUUCGUGAAGAAAUGAACUUUUUGCGCGAAGAAAUGAAGGCUCUGCGCGAAGAAAUGACCAAUCAACGUGAAGAGACGAAGGGAUGUAAGAGCGAGGUGACUAAUUUGAAGACGGAGAUGAAAAGACAAAAGGAUGAGAACACCGCACUGCAUAGUGAGGUGGUUCGCCUGCAGCAGGCAAUGGUCGAGGAGCGCUCCACUCGUCAGACCGUCGUGGAGGAGCUGCGGCAGGAGGUCCGCCGGCUUACAGCGCCAUUCGGCCGUCUGCAGGGGCUGGUGCCACGAGGGCAGGAGGAGGUCGUCGAGACGCAGGUGCCACUGGAGAGUGCAAAGGUGCGCGAACUGGAGGACCGACUGAGCCAGGCGCUGGUCGACCAGAAGAGGGCGGAGGAUGACCUGAAGGAAUCGCGCGCCACCAAUUCCGCCACGGAGACCAAGCUGCGCGAGACUGAAGCGCGCAAUGAGGACCUCAUAAGCAAAACCAACGACCUGGAGCAGAUCAACGCCUCACUGAAAAAGCGCUUGCACGAAAUGGAACGCACACUGGAUCACGAGCGGUCGUCGAGCAAGGACAAAGAUGAAGUGAUAAAGCGUCAACUGGAGGAGAUGCAACAGCAAAAGGAGAAGCAACAGGCUCUGAUGAACACCAAAGUGGCACUAGAUGCGGAGAUAUCUGCCUUUAACAAGCUGCUCGAGUCUAAGAAUACCAGCAUAAAGAAGCUAUGUUUCCCGCCGGGCCUGAGCGAGAAAUCGCUGACAAACAUCCUGCAGAACUCCGAGGGUAUGGAGGAACUGACCGUGACUGCACCCUCCGACUCAACGGGGCAGUGGGUGCGACUACUUCCACCGUCCUUGGGAAGGCUGGACGUUUUCGGACCGGGGGAGACGGGGGAGCCGCAGACUCUGGUAAGACGGCCCGACCAUGGGCUGACGGUCGUCAUAGGACAGGCGGACAACGACGUCAUCAACCAGCUGGCCAAGGAGCUGGGACCACGGGUUACCAAGCUGACCAUGUUCAACUGCCCGUGUGUCACCACUUGGGCCUUACAGAGGCUGCUGUCCGCCCUCACCGGCCUUGAAGACGUCACACUCGACUGCUCUCUGUCCGGCGCCAUCACUGACGCCUCACUGGCUGCCCUCCACGGCUGCUCCCAGCUGAGUGGGCUGCAGCUGGGGCGGGUCAGUGGACUAUGUACUUAUAUACCGGUCACAGCGGUCAGCAGACUGGUGGUUACCUGUCGGAGACUGGAGUUGCUGUUUCUUUUCACAACGGAUGAGCUCAGUCAGACGGUCCUGGACGCCCUGGUCCAGGCAGACCUGGGGAAAAGUGAUGACGGCACGCCGAGAACACUGAGGUUCAGGGUCCUCGAACCUGCAUAUGGGAAGCUGAGACAGAGGUCCACCAGCAGCAUCAAAGUAUUGAAGUGUAACUAGAAGUAUCAUUCAAAAAUACCUCGCCGACUCAGAAAGCGCCUACAGCAGUCAUCCUCAGCUUGUUCACCCUGCUGAUUGGCUCAUUACAAGACGCCAAGGUGACGGACAAAUGGGACGACAGUCGGCCGGGCUUCAUCACCAACUGGGAGCUGGUGAAGCUGCGCUCCUUCAGCACCAGCGUGCACCGGGUGAACACGGUGGUGCCAAACACUUAUCGCUUGUUCUUACUAUGCUGCUUCUGCUUAUGCGUUUCCUGUAUCAUGUAUGAUAAGAAACAAUGACGUGAUAGUUCGGGGAAAAUCAUUCAAAUGAUGUGAGCAAUUGUAGAUAUUGUGUGGCUUAGGGAAUACAAAUAUGGAUAAGAUGCACACUUAGAUGAUCGUCAAUGUUGCCUUAUCCAGCUGUAUCCGUUAGAGCACCCUGCUCUACGGAAUCGAUAGAAUGAACGCACCAUAUAUAUAGUAUGUCCUUUACCUUUCGAACGACGCCUGUGAAAACUGAAAAGUUAUUAGUGCGCUCAGUGUCCGUAUCGAUACUCGGUGCGGCGGUGUCAACAAACCCGACCGAGGGAGGACUGCCAAGUUUGAGAGCCACCGAACCACCUGACCUGGGGAUGGGUGACGAUGGCGAGGGGGGGGGGGGCGGGGCGAGUUUAGCCGGCGGUUCUCCGCCCCUCACAUUGUCUGUGUAUCGGUACUUUUGUGAGAGACUGUACAUUCACAUGGUGUGUGCUGUUGAACUUGCCGAUGUUAUGUACGGCUUUAGGGAUAAGGGAUAGGUAAGUGGCUUUUUCCCACACUGUCUAAAAAAUGUGUGAAUGAUCUAUGAGCGCGAAAGUGUGCAAAUGAGACAUAC